CUUAAUAUUCUUCAACAUUCUGCAUAACUUUUUUUCUAACAAUAAAACUUCCCCACUUCUUCGUGAUCCUAUCUCAAUCUCUGCUGAACAUCAAUGGAAGGCAAAAAAGUCGAAGUAUAUCAUCACUGCGCGCACAUAGAGAGGAAAGAUAAAAUCAUAGAAACCUUACGUCGGCGGAUGGAAACAGAGGCAGAUGACAAAGAAAACGACGUGACACGGCCAAUAGAUUGUGAAGAUAUACUCGGAGAAAUCUUUCUUCGAUUGCCUCGAAAAUCGUUUACUCAGUUUAAGGCUGUCUCGAAACAAUGGCUUGAAAUCAUAUCUUCUGAUUCUUUCAUUCGAGACUACGACACCAAGAAUCUCCCAUCCUUGUAUUCCUUCCACGUGAAAGUGCAGCGUACAGCCCAUCCAAUAAAGCUACCAUCACUCUCUGACGACGGCCGCGCUAGUUCUGUCGUCGUGGGGUUUCACAGCUUUCCUCGACGUUAUAACUCCAUUAUUGAUUCCUCCAAUGGCUUGAUACUCUACCACUCCACCGACAGUGACCCUUGCAAGCCAAAAGCAGAAAAGCUCAAAAGCUUCUUCUUUCUGCGAAACCCUGUCACGGAUCAAUACUUUCCAAUCCCCGUGCAGCCUCACGGAGUACUCUGGCCCCCUUCGAUCAGAGUUGGACCGACCGGCGAAGCGCUAGCCAUGGGUUUCGCCUUUGAUCAUUCAUCAAACCCACCCCAUCUGAUUGUAAUGGAAAUCCUUAGGAUGCGCAGAAACAUUUUACGAGUAAUCUCCUACUCGUCUUAUACUCGACGGUGGGAUUUCAAAGAUCAUGAAUUAGCUUUGCCAAACCAGCUCGACCCAGAAAAGGAGAGCGAAUAUUUCAGGUUAUAUGGUCCUUCUACGUUUCUCAAUGGAAAGCUUCACUGGGUUUCGUUUUGGUCAAUCAUUCUUGCCUAUGAUGUAAAAGGAGCUAGCUUUUCUGUAAUAGAAGGUCCUGUAAAUGGAUAUAUAUUCAACGAAAGGAAAACUCCUGGAGGUGUGUACUUGGGAAAAUCAAGAGAACGUCUAAUCUUCAUUCAAUUCAGUUUCGCAGGUGUGUUUGAUAGGAUCGUAUCUUUGUGGACUCUUGAGAAUCACCAUAGCUGCAGGUGGAUUCCUGGGUAUCAGAUCAGGAUGAACAAUAUGCCGGCACAUCUCACAAACAAGUUUUGGCCGCUGAUGGCAACGGAUAGAAUGGACAACAAAAUACUUUACCUUUCUAUGGAAAAAAAAUUGUACUCGUAUCAUGUCGACAAGGAGCUGUUUCAUUGUCACACCCCUGAUGCCUCCGAGGAAAGACAUUUUUAUUUUUUGGAAAUGCUUCAUCUUCUUGAGUUGCCGCGGUGUCCCCCGCCGAUCUUAUACAAUUUGUAUGAGCUGCCCAAGUUUCCACCUUUUAUACCCCCUCAGCAUUACUUCUCUGCACUCUUUGGCGAUGGUCCUUUUAUGGGAUGGCAUGACUUCAACGAUAUGCUUCAAUCAGCUGCAAUUCCUUGAUUCAUGAUCUACACACCAAAGUUAGUGGAGAUAGUCUUCUUCUAGGGAGCAUGCAUGGUAAUUAGUUCAAGCUAGCAUCUUCUAAGAAUGUAAAUGAUAAAAGUUGAAUUAUUUAAACUACUGAUUUUUUUAUGACAUGCUAAUUAUUCGUUUAAAGCAGCAUUCCUCCAGAUAAUUAA